AAGACUUUUCGGAAGUGGUAGAAAGCAGAUUUUCUUUCUCAUCAAAACAAUUGGACAACAGCUUGACAGAGCCCGAGAUAGCUAUACGGACCCAAUCUCAAAAGGCGCCCGAUACGUAUUUCAUGAAAUAAUUUCAGAAUGUCACACUCGACAUCUUUUGCAAAACGCCAAAGUCUGGGGGAUCGGCGGGACGAUGAAAUUCCGAUAGUGAUUUCACCGUCCCAGCUAAGCUUUCAAAAGGCAUACGAAGCACUCUGUGUCAUAGGGCUUGUUUUUACUUCAAUUUUACUCAUUUCACACACUUGGGGAAGGCGAGGAAACAAGAGGCAUCCAAUCGUGAUAGCCUUCAUUUUAAUCGCGAUGAUUAACUAUUGGAAUGCGCUUUUGCCUUGGUUCUUCAACUUCUGGGCAGCAGAAAAAUCUUCAUCUUUUGAUGAAGACCCUCUUGGAAACUCUGUUCCCACUUAUUUAGCAUGCCGGAUCAACGCGGUACUGGCAAGUUAUCUUCAAACCGUCAUACCUUCGUUCGCCGCUGCCUUCGUUGGUGAAGCCUUGCGGAUCACCUGGCAAGUUUCGAAAAUAACACACUCCAACACACCUUCGACUUUGACUGAUCUUACAGACCACGAAUUCCAGAGCCAAAAUGAUUCACUAGAUCUGGAAAGCAAUACCAAAUUUGAUUUAUCUAGUACUGUUCCAAAAUUAGAGCAUAAGGUGUACACCAAAACAUCUUCAAUCUCGGAUGGGAACACUUUACCAGAAAUCAAGGAUCAGUCUUCCAGUGCUUCAAUUCUUUCAGCAAAUCGGAACCGUUCAAGUAUGAGGAUUUUUAGCUUGAAUCGGGACACGAAUUGGAAAUGGCCAUUCUUUUUGUGUUUCGUCCCGACGCUGUGUGGGCUACCACAACUCUUGAUGAUUGUAAUAACGUAUCUACAAAAAGACAAAUCUUGGAUCUUCAACGGCAAACUAAGAACUCUUUCCGCUUCCGAUUAUCACCACCUAGUUGACAUUGUCAGCUGUCGCGUGCGAUCAGAAGCAGCUGUUUCAUUGCGUGUCAUGACGUUACUGUUUGUUCUGGCCUUAACCGCCUUAUUUUCAGGCCUCAUGAUCACAAUCACGGUCGGUAUACGUCGUUCUGCCAGUAGAUAUGGAAGGUCCAACUUGGAUAUGGCUGUGUUGAUUCCUAUUGGUUUUCUUUCGGCUCAGUCAAUCGCUGGUUGCUUGGUGGUUUCUGUCAUAUAUUUUACAUCCAAAGAUCAAUACCAUACGGCACUGGACCUCUUUGGAGUCAUCAAUCCUAUUGCUUCCGUCUUCGUCCUCGUAGACCGGGAAUUCUUCACGACCUGGAACGGCUGGAUGCGGAGCUUGAUCAGUUUCCUUAUGACUAGGCAUGGCUUGAAGUUCAACAAUCUCAACUGCAACACGAACCUUUCAUCUACCCGGCCGAAUCAAGUUUCUACCCAGCACCGCCAUCACAAGAAAUCUAAACAAGCUCCUGAUCAUGGCAUGUGGACUCCCCCGAAACCUUCCUACAACCGCACCCAUCGUUUGAUCUCCAUGUCUUCAAUAGGCGAUUCCGAUGUCGAGACGGACGAAAACAUUCGAACUAGGGUCAGUCGGCAAGCCACUGUGACCCGCCCUUCACGCUUCCGCAGCCUUCGCAGAUUGACCUUGCACAAUCGAUCGAGUGGGACUGCUUAUCGUCAAACCAUAUCUUCGUCCAGACGUCGGGGUUUCAGCGUUGCUAAGCGAUUAUCAUACCACCCUCGUGACUCAGCACCCCCUAGAAAACUCAGACGAAAGGUUUUUUCGGCAGACUGCCCAGCUUAUACCGAACGCUCGCCAGAGACUCUCGCAACCUCAAACAACAUUUGCGGUCACCGCUUCAGGCCAGAGAAGGAGUCAGGCUCGGAAAGCUCGAGGAUCGAAUAUUUUGAGACGUUCAUCUUACAAUUGGGCUCGGAACUUCCUGAGAAGAAUCAGUGUGAAAAUCCAAACGGUUCCAUGCCAUCGGCUGUCCCUGCUGCUUCAUCUCAGCCAACAAGUGGCGCCGGUGCUCUCAAUGUAGAGACUUCUGUUGGACUUAUGAAGAUUAAUCGAAAAGCUUCGAAAAGCCUGUAACUUGAGAAUCAUAACUGGCUAGGUAAUUAAAAUCAAAGCCUGUAAGAUACAAAAAUCAGCCUAAGAAUUCCAAAGGAGAAAUAAGCAAGAAAAGCCACAGA